CUAAACAAUGGAAUUGGCAACUAGGCUCCUUCUAGUCCUUAGCGAAUUUGGCCAAGGAGAUGACUUCCGGCCUAGUCCUAAAUUUUCCAUUUUGUUUCUCCUCGGAGGUUCGAUCUUUUAGCAAUUACACCUUCAACUUCAAGAAUCACCAACGUCUCUGUCUCACAAACCCAUCUUCUCUCCAACUCCAACCUCCUCGAGUCUCACCUCAAGCCAAAGAUACUUUGGCAGCCAUGGAAGCCGAGAAAACUGCCACCACCAGUGACUCGUCCGCACCGAUAAAGCUCUUGUUCGUGGAGAUGGGCGUGGGUUACGAUCAACAUGGGCAAGACAUUACGGCUGCGGCUAUGCGGGCGUGCAGGGAUGCCAUCUCUUCCAACUCGAUUCCUGCCUUCCGAAGAGGGUCCAUACCAGGUGUUACAUUCGAUCAGAUGAAACUACAGAUCAAGCUGGGAGUCCCUAAUUCUCUCCAGCAAUCCUUGGAUAUUGAGAGGGUCAAGUCUGUCUUUCCUUAUGGGAAGAUUGUGAAAUUUGAAGUUGUGGAUGGUGGACUUAUAUGCUCAAGUGGUGUUCAUGUGGAAGAAAUGGGCGACAAGAACGAUGAUUGUUACAUAGUGAAUGCUGCAGUAUAUGUCGGCUACUAGUUUCUUGUUUCCUCUUUGAAGUGUCCGAAGAUGAGAGCCGCAUACAGGAGCUGGUUCCAAGUAUCAGGUGGUCCAGGAAGGCACCAGUGGCUGCAAUCAUUGCCUGAAUGCUCGCCGCUGUAAGCGGAAGGGUGGCCGUCUUUUCUCAACUGAGAGAGCGUUGUUAUGUCGAGCAAGUAAACGGGACAACUUAUCUUACUCAACACAUUGUUCACCACUACAGUGGCCGGAGGUGCACCUGCCGGAUAGGUUGACCCGGGUAGAGGUUGAACUUCUCCUUUACAGUUCUUUUUGGGUUCAUUCCACUCCUUGCCCCUAGUUUAACAAAACAAACAAUUAAUGAUAAUUAUGUUUGUUAAUGUAUUUUUGGAGGUUUUUUUUUUUUU